AUGCCAGCUCUUAAUGCUUCAUCUGUUCCAGAGUCCAAGUCUGUGUGCCCUUUGCCUACCCUGCUGAUUCCUGAGACUGUAUCAUCAGGUUCCUCUAGUCUCUAUACCCGCAACUCUCUUUCAGUCAGUCCGGCACUCUCUGCAGUUUCAUUACCAUCCCAGCUAGGGAAACACCAAUGUCUAAAUCAAUCUGGUUUGUUCCGCUCUGUUUCUGGCUCGCUUCCACCUCUUUCCCCAGUUGUGCUGGGACAAAGUCUCUAUGGUUUUAGUGACCAACCUUGUACAGCUGUUCUUGCAAGUGCUGAACGCUGCUGGGGACAAUGUGACCAAGAAGUUUUUAUUGCUGCUGUCAUUGUCAAUCCUUUCUACAAGAUUUUGCCAUUCAAAAAGAUACCUCUCACAUACAUGUGGGGCUUGCGGCACUUUUCGGACUACCUAGAGGACUAUAUGAGUGGUUCCCAUGACUUCGCGCACAUAGAUGUCUACAAGUUUGCAUUGUUAUCUCGCGCUGAUAAGGAGGGUAUCGCAGUUGAUCCAAUUAAUAUCUGGGACGGACUGUCACAUCCUGGGUCACUACUUAGACCACUUCACUCUAUUGCCCUGCGCCUUCUUUCUAUCUGCCCAAAUUCCGCCUCUUACGAGCGCCUUUUCAGUGUCUUUGGCGCAAUUCUCAUGAAAUGGCGAAAUCGGCUCUCAACAGAAACCCUCACGCUCCUCGCUGAACUCAAGAUGUAUGUUCAUGAAGAGCAUGUACACAAUGAUGUCCUCAAGAAGCGGCUUAAGCGCCAGUACUGUGACGAGAAAGAGUCUGUCGAAACACAGGCAACCAAUGAUUCAGAUGCAGGAAGUGGUGGGCAAGAACAGCGCAGCAUUGCCUUCGAGAGGCAAGGGAUAAGACAGCUCGCACACAACCUCAUUCAAGCUGUUGGUGAAGAGGAAGCUGUUGUUGCUGAGGAAAUGAUGCACUCAGCACCUACCACUGAUCCAUUCACUUGUAUCCCUAUCAGUGAUUUACUCGACUACUCUCACGCCAAGGAAUGGCUAGGAUCCUUCUAUAAAACAGCCAUCCGAGGUUUAGAUGCUGAGCUCAAGUUGUACAAGCUUCUCGACUCAGAUGCAGAAGGAAUUGAAGAUCUGGAGUUUCCUCAAGUUGAUGAUGUCCUUGCUGAAUAG